UUGAAAAUGGCGAAUUUAUUCGUUCUUGUCAUUUUGCUGUGAUGCUUGCUCGCUGUAUAAAAACUUGUAUUUUGUUGCUUUAAAAUGGCUGACACCGGACUACGUAUGAAUUUUGCAGCCCUAAAGAGGGCAGAUCCAUACGCUAGAGAAAUAAUCGACAGUGCUACCCACGUUGCGCUAUAUACAUUCGAAGAGAACGAAUGGGAGAAAACUAACAUCGAGGGUGCUUUGUUUGUGUACAGUAGAAAUGGUGAACCGUACCAUAGUUUAGUGAUUAUGAACAGAUUGAGUACGAAUAACUUAAUCGAACCAGUGUCGAAAGGAAUAGAAUUGCAAUUGAAGGAACCUUUCCUAUUAUAUCGAAACGCCAAGUGUCGUAUUUACGGCAUAUGGUUCUAUGAUAAAGACGAGUGCGUUAGAGUUGCGACUAAGUUAAAUUCUUUGAUCAAAGAGUCGAUGAAGCAAAUCCCCGGAACCGAAAACAUGGCGCAAAAUGCAGUGUACAGUUCUUCAACGCCUUCUAAUGCGCCCGUCGAUAUAUUUAGCAUGUUGAGCAAGGCCCAAGAUGAUUUCAAUUCCAAUAAAGGGCUCGUUGCAAACAAGUGUGACUCGACACCGUCUCGGGCGCCCGACAUGACGUCGCAAAGCGUUAUGGACUUCUUCGCGAAAGCUGGGAGCGGUGCUGCGGCACAAAUGCCGGCAGUGUCAUCUCUACCCUCGCCGGGAAUAUUUGGACCGCGUCCGACAGACGCGCGGGAGGUGCCGCAACUGCUGCAGAGGCUCAUGAGCAACCCCGCGCAUUCCGUCGAACAUAUAGAGAAACAACAACGCUCUGUAACACCUCAGGAGGCUCAAAGUUCAAAUGGUAAUAUGAACUUGGAUUCAGCAAUACGGCAAAACUGUGGGUUCCCAUUGAAGUCUACUCCCAUUGACAAACCAAAUCAGCAGAGGAUAUCUGGUAUGAAGAAGGGGCAGUUAGAGUCUAAUGAAACCAAUGGUAUUAUACCAAUGGAGAAUGAGCUCAAUUUGAUGCACAUAUCAUCCCCUAAGCCAACUUCACCUCUGGCAACAUACUUGAAUCAAUCACAGGACAUCAGUCACACGGUAAGCUCUUUUAAUGGUAGCAAUUUAGAAGAAAUUGGAAUUUAUCCUGCAACUGGCUCUGUGACCACUCAACAGAAGCCGGCCCUGAUGCCACCGACCAUGUUCACGGCCAGCACUGGUGGGGAUGUCCAGCCCUCCCCUGAGCCUCUGACUAGGAACCAGCUGCUACAAGCUUUCAAUUAUCUGCUGAAACAUGAUGCCGACUUUGUGAACAAGUUGCAUGAGGCUUAUGUUAAAUCCUUUUCAGAAAAGGCAUUCUCUGUGUCAUAAAAUUCUUUCUCUGAUAAGUGACUGUUAUCAACAGUCGCUGACAUUUGAAGUAUAAAAUGUACAGCCGUAAUUUGAAUAUAAACUAAAACAGUAUAAACUGAAUCUUCUUAAAAAUGUUGUGUAGACCCUCUAGUUUUGUAGUGACUCAUUGUUUGGAGUAUUUUUAAAUAAGUUUUAAACCUUUGACUGUAACUUGUACAGAGAAUGAAUUUUAGUGACUAAACUUUUAGUUUGGACAGAUGUGGAGGAGGUCCCUUAAGCCGCUACUUGUGAUAUUUAAAUUGGCUUCAGCUUAAGGUUUAAUUCAAAAUCGCAUAUUUCUGAACAAUAAGUACCUUCACUGUAGUUUUAACUGUUGAAUUCAUUGCAAUAAUAUAAUAAUGUACAUUUGAAAGACAAUACUAUGACUACAUUGACAAAUACGCUUUUGUAAGAGAUAUUUUUAUUGACUUGAUGUGCUGCAUUAAAACUUCCAUAAUUUUGAAAAGAAAAAAAAAACUUCUUUUAAUGUAUAAGGACUGCAAAAUUUUGCUAUAUCUUUACAAGGAUUAUUCUUACUCAUUACAGCGUAGGCAUCAGAUUUUUUAGGUUUUAUUGUAUGUUAAAUAUUUUUAUUUCAUGUAAAAUUUUGUCAGUAGCUUAAUAGUAAGAUUUUUCCCUAUUGUUUUAUAUCAAACUUUUCCGUAAAAUUUUAGUUUAUGUAUUGAUUGUUAUACAAAACAUAAGACUUUAAUAUACUUUAGAUACAGGGGAAAUCAGAUACUUUUGUUUAAAGAUGUAAAAUUUAGUCACUUGUUUAGGGAGAAAACAUAAUUUCUUAAGUUAUAUUUCUCCUAAGAAUCAACUUUUUAAGGAUGAUAGGUGUGUUGUGCUAAGCACACUGAAAAGUAUAUGAUUUCAAUGGCAAGUAAUCUGUAUACUUCUCGAGGGGUAUCCUAUCCUAACUCCUACCCUUGGGAAGUCUCCAUUUCAAAUCUGGGAUGGACAAUGUACUUUGCAAAACUUUAUUAUAGCCUUUUACGAGGGGUCGAACAAAAUCUUCGGCCGUGUUUGUAAUAAAUCACACAAAACAUGGAUAAGAAAAAAAAUGUUGAUACUUUAGAAAACAUUAAAUUUUAAACAUCUUUGUGCUUCUACAUCUAAUUCUAAACGAUGUUAUAAAAAUAAAUGUUAACUUUACGAAAAAUUUAUAAAAUUGGACAGCUAUAUUGUUGAGUGAGACAAGAUUUUUGUUGAAUAUUUGCUUCUUUACUAUGAGGGAGCAGGAUAUUGCGACGAAAAUAAUUUUGGCCUAUGUAAUGUUGAUCCUGUACAUAUAGACCAGUUUUGUUAAACCAGUGUUUCAUAAUGGAAAGCUCAUGCUAUCCAAGUCUAAAAUACUGUAACUGUAGUUCUGGCUAUAAGUUUUUGACAAUUUUCAGUUAGAAUGUUAUCAUAAAAAUAGUCUCAAAUUAAAGGGUUCAUCGAAGCUA